GUCCAGAUAAAAGUUCAAUCUAAUAUCUACCGUAAUGUAAAGCAAUAAUAGUGAUAUUAGCUAAAAAUUCUGAGAAAUCCUAUGCUCGAAAAACUGCUUUCUGACCACCCGUCAAUCUCCACAACGCAAACCUGUUAAAUCCUGUUGGGGCCUCAGUUUUGUACUAACAUCGUUACCAGACUCACGUGCCGUUUGCGACGCGUAAAACUUAUGGUGUUUUAGGCGAAUAUAUAAGGAUGUAAACAACGAAUUAUAUACCUAAUUAUACACUAGAAUGCAUCGGGGAAAAAAAAUUGUGGCUUUGGUUUCUGAGGCUUGUGAAAGUGUGGCUGAAACAGCUGGAAAUGUAGCUCCGAAGUCUGAUUAUAAUUCAAAUAAAGUAAUACACGUUUUAGAAGACAUUCAGUUACAAUGUGCCGAAUCAAGACAGUUUAUACCAGAAAAUUCAGAUUUAGUUACCAACAAAACUUAUUAUGAGAUAAAUGAUGACAUCAAUAUAGGUUCACUGACUAGUCUUGAUCUACCAAGUACUUUUAUUACAGAAAAUAUAGACGAUACUAUUUGUCCUGACAUGACAUUUCCCAAUACUACAUUCUGUGACUUGUCUUCAGUCAAAAUUUUGUCGGGUUAUGAUGCUCACAAUACUUACAUCACGGACCAGGAUUUGAUUAUAGUACCAUCACAAAGUGAAAUAGAAUUACAAGCAACACAGAUUUUGAUCCCAGAUAUUAUAAGCAGUUCCGAUACGCAUACCAUUCAAACAUUAGGUAAAACAAUAUCUCAUGAAUCAAGUACCAGUACUAUAGAAAGUAUACCUCAUGUUGAAAAUACACAUCAUAACGUCGUACCUAAUCCACCGAUAUCGGAUUGUAGUGAUACAGAGAACAAGCUUGUGCCUUAUUCUGAUACUGACUCAGAUUCGCUUGCUAAAAUUAAAAAGAGUAAGAAACGAAAGAAGCGUUUUAAAGUUGAUAAAAAAGAAUGGGUUGCUGAAAAGAAUAAACAAAGAAGACAAGAAGGUAAAACAUAUUUUGGGAGAGAGAGAAAACAAGACUGUUGGAAUUAUAAUAAACCCAAAGAAGCACGGUCCAUGAAAUCAAGAUGUUCUUGUAAAAUUGGGAAGUACAGUACUUUGAAAUGUGAAACAAUAGACGAAGAUGUAAGAAGAAGCAUUUUUAAUAAAUUUUGGAGUCUUAGUUGGGGCGAAAAAAAAACCCUUGUUAACGAAUGGGUAACAACUAUUCCGAUUGUCCGGCCACGAAACCGAAACUCUGAAGGCACAACCAAAAGGGCUAACACCUUUAUUUAUCAUUUAAAAGUAAAUGAUCAAAGUGUCAAAGUAUGUCGAAAAAUGUUUUUGAACACUUUGGAUUUAGGAAGAUGGACGGUUCAAAAUUGGAAGAAGGAGUUUCCAAUUCGACCUCCUAGUAUGCUGAGACGUUCCACACAAUCAUCUGAAACUGCGUCGGAGCCGAAAGAAUCCCUUAUUCAGUUUUUGGAGUCUCUUCCUGUAAUGGAAUCUCAUUAUUGUCGAGCGACGUCACAGAAGUUGUAUUUAUUGCCAGAAUGGAGUUCUAAAGAAAGCCUCUACCAAUUUUACGUUAACGAUUGGUGCAAAGAGCGAAAUAUGAAAGCUCUCUCCAUCAGUUUGUUUUCGAAUUUAUUUGAAGAUAAAAAUUUGGCCCUAUUUAAGCCGAAAAAAGAUCAAUGCGAAAAAUGCGCCAGUUAUAAAGUAGGAACAGUAACAGAAAAAGAAUACAAAGAACAUAUUGAGCGAAGUAAACAAGCAAGAGAAGAAAAAGAUGCGGAUAAGAAGGGAGAAAAUUACGUUUUCACAGUGGACUUACAGGCUGUACUAAUGGCACCAAAAUCGAAUGUUAGUACGUUAUACUAUAAAACGAAGUUGCAAGUUCACAACCUUUGCUUUUUUAAUAUAAAAAAUAAAGAUGGCUACUGUUUCAUAUGGAACGAAGUAGAAGGUGGACUUAAUGCUGAAGAAUUUGCCUCCAUUUGGGUUGACUUUUUAGAAAAUAAAAUAAUACGUCCUGAAAUUAAUGCUGACGAUGGGAAUAAAACAAUUAUAAUUUACAGUGAUGGUUGCACUUAUCAGAACAGAAACUGUAUUUUAUCUAACGCUCUUUUGAAUAUUGUCAUGAGGCACAAGAAUAUUACUAUCGAACAAAAAUUUUUAGAAGUGGGUCAUACCCAAAUGGAGGCCGAUUCUAUGCAUUCCACUAUAGAACGUCACCUAAAGAACAAAGUCAUAAAUGUGCCCGCUGAAUAUAUAUCUAUUGUUAAGCAUGCUCGUAAAUGCCCAGCACCCUAUUGCGUGACAUAUUUGGACCACACUUACUUCAAAAAAUUCGACAAAAUUCAGUUUUAUAAAAGUAUUCGCCCAGGAAGAUCGAAAGGGGACCUUAAGGUGACUGAUAUUCGUGCACUACGUUACGAAAGCAAUGGAUCUAUAUUUUAUAAAACUUGCCUUAAGGAUGAAUGGCAAAGUUUACCACAAAGGCGAUCUCUGCAAUGUAAUCCUUGCGAGAUUACUGAACUAUCUCAAUUGCACCGGAGCCGACGUAAAAUUACUGCAAGGAAAUUUGAAGACUUACAGCAAAUAAAAAAGACCCUUCCUUGCGACUACCAUAAAUAUUAUGACGAUUUGCCUCAUGAGUAG